AAGGCUUAGGGGGAGAAGCCACGGUCAGCGUCCUAAGUUUUUCGAAAAGAUUAUCACGUGGUCAAUAUACCAGUUGGGUCUACCGCCUUAUUAGGGAAUUCAGAAUUCACUGAGAGGAAUGACCUUUGGGAUUGAGCUUCCAUUAAGAAAAGGACAUCCAAAGGAAGAGAAAGUGGCCUCAGGGUCUGACUGUUGGUAUAAAACCUCGAUGGCCGAUUAAAUUCUGAUGCAGUCUGACCUCUGCUCACUUGGUGUCACCAUAAUACGGUCUCCCGUCUCCUUUUGCAGGAUUACUCUCAGAGUUCGACUUAGGAAGUAUGGAGUGCGUACAAGAAGCAGCAUCAGUUGGUGGAGGAGUGGUGGUGGAGUACGUUGCCGUGACCUGCCUACCGAAAGUUCCCGCGCAAACCGUCGGCGGCGUCUCCGACUGGAGGGAGGACGUGAGACGAAGGGCAAAGAGGCCGAGGAGGAAGCCGAGAGACUUCAGCAGAAAAGAGGGAGACUCGAGCAUCUUGGGGCUGACAAGGGACGAGGAGCCUUCAGCCUUGUGGACUUCCUGGCUGCACUGCCGCCGCCUCCGUCGCCAACCUAUCCCCGCCGAAGGAGGAGGAGGAACAGGAGGAAGAAACAGCACCAACAGAAAAACAGUCACUUCGUAGGCCGACCAGACGCCGGUUGGCGUUUUGAUUUAAUUGUGAUUAAUUGUAGACCAGGCGCGUUUGUGAAUAGAAAGGCAUUAUCGUAAU